CGGCUGCUUAACGAUAAGUCCAUGCACUGCAUGUCGUAAUCGUAAUUUGUUAAAAAAACACAUUUAAUUAAUUAAAACUUUACCAAAAUGGCACAAAGUAGGCUUGAAAAGAUUGGCACAAUCUUCACCAGAGUUCAGGGCCUCCUACGCGGUGGAGCUAUGAAACCCGAGGAUAAACCCAUUUGGUUCGAUGUGUACGCCGCCUUUCCGCCGAAACUGGAACCGCGAUUUGACAGACCUGCACCCGAGAUCCCAGUGCGUCAGAUAUUUUAUGCCGAGGAUGUUGUCCGAGCAAAGCUGCACAAAGAAAAUAGGCCCCAGGAAACGAUAUCCCUGUUUGACAACAGGCGCAGCACGCAGUCACAACAAUUCGUCCAAAUAUACCAGGACCUGAAAGGACAAGGAGCCCUCGAUGAGCAAAGGAUCUACGAGACUGCACUGGAUCUCUUGGCGGAGCAGCGCCAGCAGGCCCGCCUGGAGGCUACCCCAGAGGAAUCCCUGCCCGAGCAGGAUGAGGAAUCGAAGUCCCAGCUUCUGAGCGACUUCAAGGAGGCUGUGGUAAGCCAGCAAACCACGUCGUCGCCUGCACCACCUGCUCCCAAGGGAAAAAAGGAAGCGAACGUGGGCAUUAACAUAGACAGCUUGUUCAAGGAUUAGGCGGAAAAUCUUUUAUAAACUUAAAAUAAACUUGUUAUAUGUAAAUCAAA